UGUGACUUUUAUCUGUCAAAAAUGCUAAAUGUCAAAUGUUUGAAUUCGAAUAUAUCGGAUUUGUAAAUAUUUGAGGGAAAAACGUUUUUAAUUUUAUUCUUCGAGGAUUGUUAAAAAAUUAAGUAUAUUUCCUAGGUGUUAUACGUUUUAAAUUGUAUUAGGUACUUUUGGAAAAUGGAUAACAAAACAUCGUAUCCAGAACCCUGCUUGGAAAAACAGUUAAAGGGGCAUCGCAAUGGAAUUACAGCGCUUUAUUUCAGUCCAAAUGAGCAACAAAUAGCUAGUGGUUCAUUAGACAACAGUGUUCUGUUAUGGGAUCUACGUGGCACUAUGCGAAGCUACAGAUUUCAGGGGCAUGACGAAGCAGUGAUGGAUGUAACAUUCUCCCCAUCUGGUAAAUACAUGGCAUCAGCAUCUCGAGACAAAACCGUCAGGCUGUGGGUGCCCACCGUAACUGGCAGUACAGGCAUGUUUAAAGCACAUUCACAGACUGUUCGAUCAGUGCAGUUCAGUUCAGAUGGAACAAAGAUAUUAACAGCUUCUGAUGACAAAAUAGUAAAAUUAUGGUCUACAGACAAACACAAAUUCAUAUCCUCGUAUGUGGGCCACACUAACUGGGUAAGAUGUGCACGGAUAUCCAAUGAUGGUUCAGUUAUUGCAUCAUGUUCUGACGACAAGACAACCAGGUUGUGGAGCUUGGAUUCUGGCGAGUGUAUUCACACAUAUAAAGAUCAGAGGGGCCAUGGGACGUAUUUAGCGUGGCAUCCGUCUGGGUGUUACGUAGCUGUGGCCACAUCGCAAGGAAAUGUUAAGCUCUAUGAUAUUAGGACACACAAUCUUGUGCAAUAUUACAGUAUUCAUAAUGAUGCAGUGAAUCAAGUAGCCAUUCACCCAAGUGGAAGUUACAUUUUAACUGGCAGUAAAGAUGGUAAAAUGAAGAUACUGGACUUAUUAGAAGGUCAUCCCAUAUACACACUGAGCGGUCACAGUGGAUCUGUGAAUGCUGUUAGUUUUUCAACCAGUGGUGAUUAUUUUGCUUCAGCUGGUGAAGAUAAAUUGGUUUUCAUAUGGAAAACGAAUUUUACUGAACAAGGAAAUGAGAAAGAGAAUGUAGCACAAAACAUGUCAAUGGUACCAAGAUCAGCUUCUCAGAUUUCAAAGACAUCCUCUGCGCUAAAAGGAAGAAAUCAGGGUGCAAGGCUCUGGUAUAUGUGCUAUCAUUCUAUGAAGUAUCCUGCGGUUACAUUUGUCCAUAUGGAUGAUGAACCAAAGUCAUUGCAUGAGUCUGUAAGACAAAUAAGUUUUCAAGAACCAAAUGCAAAUAGCACUUUCAUUGAUGCAACUGUAACACAUUAUACACCUCGACUGGUUAAAUCUUUGCCAAGUAAUUUUGCACCAGACUCUACUUCAAGAGGUGCUGGCAAUCAGACUUCAGGUCAGUCAGAAGAAUUAUCUUCUUAUGAUGUUGGGCAUAUGAGCCAUAUUCCACAGACACCACCUAGCCCUGCUACUUACACAAUACCUUCAAUCAUAAACAGGAGUAUAGGUACAGAACAUGAUCAUCAAGAUGAUAUAUUUGGUAUGAUAAAACUAAAAGAUAAUGAUGUUUGUUACACUAGUGGAACUAUAGAAUGGGUUGGGAGGAAACGGAACUUUCCAAUCAAUAGUGGCUUUAAAAUUAUCAGUGAUAACAGAUACAUUGCAGAACCCCUUCUCAAAAAAGUAAAGAUAUUAAACAAGAGUGUAAAUGGUGAUAAAGACAAUAUGAAGGAAUGUGAUUGUGCAGAUGUGUUGCCCACUGUCAAUGCUAUUGUAGACCAUCUGAAUGCAUUGCAUGAGGCAGUUGAUCUGGUUGAUUUAAGACUUAAUGCUUUAGAAGAUGUUGCAGGGAAAGAUGGCCAACUUGCCUGAUACUAUAUUUUAUUAUUGAAUAUUCUAUUAGUACUUUUUUGAGUUAA